GCAAAACCUGACUGACUUCCCGGUGUGAGUCCUGGCUCGUUGUCCGACCGCCAUGGAGGUUAUCGACAUCCCAUCAUCCCCUGAACUGCUUCCUACAGUAUACAGACCAACUCGUAAUCAGAGCCGUCAGCCCGGGUUGUCGCAGGCGAGAAUGGCGCCGCCGCCAGCAGCGAGGCGAUGGGCAGAAGAAAUCAUCGAAAUAUCGGACUCUGACAGCGAGUUUGAGGCUAACCUGGUGUCCCCGAAGAAGAAACGGUCGGUAAAAAUACAUGCAAGACCAGGUCCUUCGAACGUGCCAGUCAUUGGAGCACCUUUGCUUGCGGAUGCUGCCCCACCGGCUGCCGGAUCAUCUCAGAAAUCUCCUCGCAUAGAUAGAGUCGCUUCUGCCCCGCUGUUUUAUUCAGACGACGAGGACGGAGAAGUGCAACAGAUGCCGCUAUUGAUGCAACAGCUAGAUGUCCCUCCGGUACCGGUGCUGCCACAGGCGCCGCUCCCUCAACCUUCUCCCCCUCCUGAACUUCCAGCGGCGACCCUGGAUUCAACUGACGCGUACGUUGCUCGUGUCCUUGAAAUUGUCCCAGACGUGGAGCCUGCACAUAUUCUCGGGCUUGUUGAACAAUUUAUCCAUAACCCAGCCAACGCCGGACAGAACGUCCUAGAGCUUGUUCUCCAUUCUCUUUUUGAGAACCCAAAUUACCCGAAAGUUGAUAGGAAGGGAAAGCGGAAAAGGACCGAAGAUGACGAGGAAGGCAUUGCUCGUGGGCAACCAGUUCCUAAGAUUGAUUAUGGUUCGAGGGACAGAGAACAUAAGGGGGGUGUUCAUUAUUUCGAACUGGCCUUGGAACAACUUAUGGUCGACUUUCCAUACGCCCCGAAGCCCUAUCUCCGAACGCGACUACUUGAACAUCGGUUUUAUGCUCCAACGCAUUUGCUUGUGGCUGAGAAUCGGGAUCCCUCACCUUACGUUCGGAAAUCCGUUCCUUCGAGAGUUAGCGGAAAAGGAAGAGAAAGGCACGACCCCGAAUUCGAGGCAGAGCGGCAAUGGCUCUUGCAGCGACAAAGUGGACAUGUAGCGACUGAUGAACCGCGUCCUGAUGAAACAAACGAUGAUGAUGCAUGCGAAGAAUGUGAAGACGGUAUUGAAUGCGGUUGUUGCUUCUCUUCGUACCCAUUUGACAAGAUGGUACAGUGUCCAGAAGCGCACCUAUUUUGCAAAAGUUGCAUGUCUUCCUACGCAUCCAACCUUUUGGGCGAACACAAUCCCAAUAUCGUUUGCAUGGACCAGUCCGGAUGCAAGCUCCACUUUCCGCAGUCCGAGCUGGAACGUUUCCUUACGCCAAAGCUUCUGGAGCUGUAUCAUCGCGUCAAGCAGCGCAAGGACAUCGAAGCUGCCGGCCUCGAGAACUUGGAGGAAUGUCCCUUCUGCGAAUAUAAGUGCGUCAUUGAGAAUGAGACGGAGAAGCUCUUUCGGUGCGAGAAUGUGGACUGCGGUGCUGUGAGCUGUCGAGAGUGUAAAAAACCCGACCAUUUGCCGAAGAGCUGCAAGGAAGCUGAAUCGGACAAGCACCUUGAUGUGCAGCACGUCGUUGAGGAAGCGAUGACUCGUGCCCUAAUGCGAAACUGUCCAAAGUGCCAGAAAGCGUUCAUAAAAGAACACGGAUGUAACAAGAUGACUUGUCCAAAUUGUCACACUGUCUCGUGCUAUAUAUGCCGGAAAGUCAUCAUUGGAUACGACCAUUUUGGUAAUCCACCUCCUUAUAUUGGACGAGUCGACCAAAAUAAAUGCGUCCUAUGGGAUCCUGUAGAACAGCGCCAUGAGACUGAGGUUCAAGAAGCAGCCAAGAAAGCGUUCGAGGAGCUCAAACGCGAUCGUCCUGAUGUUGAUCACAGCAAUAUCAAGAUAGAUAUACCAAUUGCCGGUCCGGCACAGCCAAGACCUGGCGUGCAUCAAGCUCUCCCCGUGGACGCUGGGUGGGGCAUCCCUGCCUUACCGAAUGUAUUUAGAGCACUGCCGAAUGUGUUGGGAGCAGCGCCGCCUAUAUAUGGAGCACCAGCUCACGGCUUUCCCCAUGCAGCUGAGCGACUGUUCCGGGCGCAGAUGGAGGCGGACCGCGUCCAGGCUCAAGCACGGCUCCAGGAGCGGGUGUUGCAGGCGCAACGCGCCCAGGCUGAGAUGAGGCGUCAGGCAGCGUUGAGGCAACAGGAAGCAUUGAGGAGGGUGGAGCGCACCCAGGGUAGAUUGAGACGUCAGGCGGCGGAGAUGCAGGAACGUCGUAUUGCGGCAGCUGAAGCCGAGAGGGUCAGAGGUGGUAUGUUCAUGGCCUUCCCUCAACCCGUCGCCGCGCCCAAAAGGUCUCGGAGGCGCUAAAGAAAGAUGUAAUUUUUUGUACAUUCUGUCCUGUCAUAAUGAUGUUGCUGCUACCAUACCUUAUAGUCAUAUAUACCGUAUAUUCCUAGCCACGCUUCAUCGGCUUCUGCAACUAUACUCAACUGUACUACUAGGACAUCAGAUGCUUACGUGAAGAGGGAGUGAUC